CAGAAAGAGUCAGAAAACGGAUGUACGAGUACGUUCAUUCUCUUGCUAGUCUUAACGUGGUGUAAAAGUGCCUGCUGCGAAAAAUCAUCUUUUGUCCCGGAAAAGCGCGAAAAUGGCCGAUGAAUACUUCUAUGGAGCUACCUUGAAAGAGGGCAGCAAGACGGUGACCUGGGAUCCGGACAACAAAGCAGACGGUUAUCCAAGGACACAUAAACUAAUCAUCAAGCAAUGCAUUCUCGGCCACGAGGCAGCAGCUGACGAGUUCAACGUGGUACAGGUUGAGACCAUGACUAUCCGGGACACGCUGCGUACUCCAAUCGCUGUGCUGAAGGUUGGUGAAUCACGACAGUGUCGGUUGGAUUUGGAGUUCUCCGAUUCACCUGUCACGUUCACGUUGAUCGAAGGCAAAGGACCGGUGCACAUCCACGGACAGCAUCUGCUCGGUUCGCUAGUUGAAGAGUUUGAAGAUAUGGAAGAAAUGGAAGAGGAGGUACCAGAAGAAGAGGAAGAUGAUGAAGAUGACGAUGAGGAAGGUGGCCCACAGAAAAAGAAGCAAAAGUUGACGAACAAUUCCAAGGGUAAACCAAACGCUGCUCCCGCUGGGAGCAAUAGCGCCAAAAAUAGCAAAAAGAAAUAAACUGGUUCUUCCUUGGGAUACUAACAGAAUAAGAUUCGCAGUAUGUGAGUUAUAUUCGUUCCUGUAUUUUCCUCGAGCAUCUCUCCUUUUUAAGUACACAUAAACAAAAUACACAUCUAAAGCAACACAUGCAACCAGUAACGAUUGUAAACGAGUUAAUGUGAUAACACAGACACUCAAGUAUAUAUUCUAUCGUUCCUUUUCCAUCCGAGAGUCAUACAGAAGGAAUGAAGGAACCAAUUCCUUCGAUUGAAACUAAAAUGCAUAACAUAAAAGUAAAACUGUAGAUUGUAAGAUAACUCACGACGCCCGCACACUGCUCUGUGUAUUACUUUUGUAUAGUUUUCGAUUCAUGCCUGCCUGUGUUUGGGUAAGUUUGUCUUUACCCAAACGACAGUCUUAUAAAAAUUAGGAGCCAUUAACAUAAGUUUACUAUGCCAGAACGGAAUAAAACUCAAGAACAAUUUACAGCCUUGACGUAGCAUUAACUUUUUUUUUCUAAACUGAAAAUGAACAAAUCGGUUUUGUUUUGCUCAAUAUUUGUUUAGAUGGUUUUCCGAAAUCUAAUUCCUAAAUCUACGGCUGGCUGACAUUUGGCACAGUUAAGCAAGUCAGGUUGCGACGAAAAGUUACAAAAGGAAAUCAACUCAGGGCGGUAACGGAGCGAUAAGGAGGUACAACAAAAUGUGAAGAAAUAAAGAAUAAAAAUUAA